AUGUCAUCUCCUGUGCAAGUAUUACAACCUCACAGUUCCUACCUUGAAGCUUUUAGUGCAUAUUAUUUAACGCCUUCAUCGACAGUAUUAUCAUCUGCAGCAAUAACGGCUAUAUCAGUCGGUGUUGUGUUCUUCGUUGUCCUCAUAAUAAUUAUAGUAAUUGUUGUCUACUGCUGUCGGCAUCGACGUGCGGGCUACCAAAGUGCCUACGACACUGACGAGGCCCUCGGACACUCCCAGCUCCCCUCUGCCGAUGACGCACUUCGAAACAAGGCUAACGGACACCCUGAUGUGAAACCAGAGCUCUUCAUCUGA